GACGAGCUUACCCUAGUAGUUACCACGUGUGAAGAAUGCACCCACUAUCUAUUCCCGUACAAAACCGCUGAAACGGUCAGAAAAAUCAUUCGUUUGUCUUUCCCGUACCACCAACUUCUUACGGUUUUCAAAGAGAGAAAAAUUUUUCUUCACAGAGAGAAUUCAGAGAAUCAAAAACCAAAUUCAUUUAGAGAUUUUUGAGACAACAGAUCUCAAAAAUCAUUCAGAGAUUUUUGCUAGUUUGAAAAACCCUAAACCUAAAUUUCUCUUCUCUUCCGAUAAUGGUUAAAACAAGAAAAAUCACAAGAACAAUCCAAGAAGAAGAAACAAUAAUGGAUGAUAGCACUGCUCCUAGAACAUCAGAAGACGAUUCAAGAAUUUCAAGACGAAAAUCAAAGAGAAAAAAGAGUAAAAAGGUUGAAACACAGAAAUCGAAGAAAAAAGGUAAGGUUGUGCCAAAAUCUGUUAGGAAGUUGUAUAGGUCUGGUUUCACAGCAUUACAUAGCCUGGUUGCCAGAAUGAAGGCGAGUAAAUAUACUUUGAGUGAAGCCACAUUGGAAAAGAUAGCCGAAUCUUCUUAUGGACAGAUGUUUUUGAUGUUCUGGCACACUAAGUACUCAGAAAGUCAUUGGGAAAAGUUGGAAGCUGCAGUGAAAAAGUACUUGAAGUGUUACAAAAGGGGUCGAGUCAAGAAUGAGCUCACCUUUGAGUUUGUUAGAAGAGGUGAAACACACAUUAUCACGUCGACACCAGAAAAAAUGGGUGUAAUGUUUGGAAUGCCAAGAAUGGCAGGAAGAAGAACUGAUGACACCUUUUUGAUGGUAGGUGGUGGAUGGAGGCAGAAACCAUUCUACAUUAGACACUUUGGUGAUAGCAACACGGUUACAAGACCAAUGCUACAAGAUGCCAUCUUGAAACUGCUCAAGCGUACUGGUAUCAAGAAUUGUAAAUCUGAAGGUGGCGAAGACAGUGAUGAUGACAAUGAUGAACAAUUUCUUAGAGAAAAAAUCAAUCAGAACUACAACACUCCCGAGGACAUCACUGGUUGUGUCGUCUAUUUGUUGUUGUUGUAUGCGGAGCAUACUCACUUGGUGAAACCAGUGACGUUACCAGAUGAUCGAUACCUUCCAAGAGCGGCAAGGUGGAACAUCAAAGAAAUAUCUGUUGAGUUUCUAAAGGAUAUGGAGGCUUCGCAAUACACAUUCUCUAAAGAAUUUAAGGAUGAAUAUACUAUGUAUGAAAAAGAAAUGUUGAAUGAAAUUGCUCAAAGGCUUCCAGUUGAAGAAGUGCCAUUGACAGUAGAUUGGCAAGAAAAAUUCGAGGAUUUGGAAGUAAAGAAUGAAGAUUUGAGGCUGACAAUUGCAGAAAAAUGGUGUGAAUUACAGAGCAGGAAAGAGGACGGCCUCCCCAUUGAUGUGAAGGAUGAACAGGAAAUUCCAGAUGAUACCCAAGAAAAGUCGAAUGAACAGGGAAAUGCUACUCCAACAAUGCCUGUUAUGGGGGGCUCUGAAGAAAAUCUCACACAGUUCGAUAUUGAAGUUUCACAGUUUAAAAUUUGGGCUAGAUCUGAUUUGGAGCGAAAGGUGAAAGAGCUGCAAGAGGAAAAGAGCAUGCCAGAACCAUCACAGUACAUAUCUGCAAUACUGAUUAAAAACAUAUCACCUUAUGUUGAAUAA